AUCGGACGGAGCGAGCGAUCUUCGAGUGUCUGACUGAGAGCCAGCCAGCAGUCAAAAGUUUUCCUCUGUGUUGUGCGAGUCUUCGAACCGUCGUAAUCUAAUACACACUUUGCCAGUCAGCCAGCAGUACAGAUUGUGGGAGAAAACUCUCAAUAAACUUGCACUUGUCAUCACUGUUCGGAAAAACCUUUGCCACGGAACAAACGGCAAUUUGUGAUUCGCGUCGAACGGGAUUAACCGAUACCGGACCGACGACGGAUUCCUGGAAGCCAGCUUGCUUACCGUGCCAGAUCCGAUUCGGGUAGAUUCCGAACUUUUACAUCACUUGGCAUAUCACAGCAGCAGCACCAGCAGGCAGAUAUGUCUUUCGCUGAACGACUUGCCGGGCUGAUGGCCCGCCCUGGCCAGGACAAUGUACCCAGGGACGAUGUGCCAUGGCAUCUGAAGUACGGAGGACGUGCCGUUGGGAUCGUCGGUGGAUUCUUCGCCGUGUUGUUCGGACUGUACAACUGCAUCGGCAUUCUGCUCGGGGACGUCGGCUGCCUAGUCGGUGGCAUCCUGCAGAUACUGGCCGGCUUUGUGGUGCUAGCAAUCGAGGCACCGUGCUGCUUCAUAUUCAUCGACUACGUCCAGCAGGUGGCGGAGAAGGCCGAUCAGCGGCCGUACUGGAACCGGGCCGCCUUGUACUGCGGGAUUGCCAUCCCACCUGUAAUCCUGUGUCUCGGAUUGGGAAGUUUGUUCGGCUGUGGAUUGAUUUUCGUGACCGGUAUGAUCUAUGGAAUGAUGGCCCUCGGCAAAAAAGCGUCACUCACGGAAAUGCGAGCGGCGGCAGCGGCCUCGGCCGCUGAACAGGGUCGGUCCGGCGGUGUCAGUACCGGUUCCGGCGGCGGCGGCAGCGUGCCCGGCUCUCAGGGAGCACCGAACAGCAAACAGAGCUCGACCCUGGUCAACAACGUGCAGCCGAUCGCGUAUAGCAUGCCACCACCGUACGAUAGUGUAGCCUAAGACAAGAAUUAAAACAAACAACAACAAAAAUCAUACAACAAUAUAAUCAAUAAGAAGAGAUCAACAGCAACAAACAACAUUUGCGAAGAGAGUAGGUUAUAAUAAACAAGGUUCGCAAGGACGCGGUCGGAAGCUGUGCUCUAGGAGGCAAACGAGAGAUUUCAAAAAGGAAAUAUCCUUCGAGAGGAUAUCUAUCCAAACAAAACUUACAAGCAAAAUCUACUUUCCCGAAAAAAAAAAUCGGGAAGCCUAAAAGUUUUUCCCCAUCAUAUGUGUACCCUCUCACCCAGAAAUCUGUUGACAGAUUCCGAAGCCAUCGAUCGAAGUUGUAUUGUAGUAUAUACGGAAAGAUAAAAGGAAGAAGAAAAAACCUCAAGCAUUAGGAACGAAAAUGUCAAACUACUACUACUGAGCUGUCCUCCGUUAUAAGUUAGUAUAUAAUUAGGGUAUUAUUUUGUCGUUAUUUCGUUGAUAUUAACGAACUUUAAUUAUGCGUUAUUUAGUGCAGUUUGAACGAUUGAUAUUCACGAACAUGCAGAUUAUGAUUGUGGCAUGUUCGCAUGUUCCAUAUACAGUGCUGAAGCAACAGAAAAGUUUCGUUCUAGCAGAGCGUUGAGUGAUCUGGGCAACCUUAGGCACUUAGGUACUAUUUCCAUUUGUUAAGAAUCUUCAAUGAUUGUGUUUUCAUAUUUUAGUCGAACAGUUGUUCAACCGUAAAUUUAAGAUUCAGAAAUUCGUUGAAACAUCCCAAUAGUAGGGAGCAUUUUUUUUUAUUUUGUAGAAGAAUUAAUAGAUAUAACUUCAUGAUUAACACAAUAAGAUGUUUUCCAAUUUAUGCAACUUUUGUUCUAAUCAAUUGUAUGGUCACUCAACAUCUGCUAAUCCUUUUGAUGAAGUCAAACAUUUGUUGAUGGAAUUGUUUAAAUUACCCAUAUACACGCUUGUCGCUUUUCAAUUGUUUUAUCUGAUAAGGUACAGUUUCGGAACGAAUCCCCUAAAGCCGAAAAAGAAAGACAAAACUUUUAUGAAGUGAGACAUGUGUAAUGGUUGCUAGCAGUUUCAAUUUAAAACAAAUCAGGAAAAAAGGAAAACCUUAAAUGAACAUCCCCACAAAUUGUGUGUCCAAAAACCCAUAUGCACUAUACUAUCGUUUAUGAAUUAAAAUUUAUAGCUACUAGAAAAUGUAGAACCGAUAAUGGAAAACAAAAUUAGUUAGCCAAACUUUAUUUAUUACUGAUCGCUUGUUUUAGUCGAUUAUAUAAUAGAUCCUGGAUCCAAACAAGGAAUGCGCGAAUACAAAGCAAUUAACUUAUAUAUUCUUUAGUAUCAAGCCGAAUCAGUAGUAUAAAUUAUUGAAGAAGCACUCUUGUAAUAGGAACCAACUGUAACAUUAAAAAUUAUGAUUACUAAAGCGAAGACUGCAAGUUGAAAAAAAAGUCAAAGUAAACGACCCCAUCACCGGAUGAAAAAAGUGACGGGGCUCACUACUCUUACCUUAUGUUGUUUUUCUUAAGUAAUUUAAUCAGAAAUCAUUCCCAUGGAUUCAAAAGUAAACACGUCUCGAAUAAUUGGCAGUCAGUUUCGAUUCGAUGUAAAAGCAUUAACUCGUUAGCCUAUAUUAAAGUUGCAAUAAACUUUGCAAUAUUUAUGAGAAGAAAAAAAAACAUAACUCUUAUAAAAAUCAUUCCAUUGUGCACGCGCUUUGCCAUAACGAAAAUCAACAUAUCGGACAAAGCAUUUGUUGAGGAGGGAGGGAGCUUUAAUCCAAAUAGGGGCAAGUUUUGUGUGCAGACUAUUUUCGGUUUCGGUUUUGCGCAGUGCUUUUCAGUUUAGCCCCAAAUGAAAACAAUUUGCUCACAUUCAACAACAAGAAUACACAAGAACAGUAAAAAAUAUCACCGGCAAAAAACCCGUUCAAAUUACAGUGAAUGAAUUUUAACCUCUUAAAACCAACCGACAAAGAAAGGCCAAAUUGAAGUCUUCUAAAAAAACAUCACAGUUUUGUCCCCGUUCAAUUGAUGAUUUUAUCAGCGUAUCGAGAAAAUAGUUUGGAAUUUCAAAAUGUUGAAUCGAUUACCUAAUUGAAUACAAAAAAAAGUUGUUCGCCUUUCUCAGGAUACGCUGGAACCUGUAAAGCUGAAAUACACCAGUCGAUUUUUUUCCUAAAUCCACUUUUCGUUUGAUGAAAAAACAACCAAAUAAAAUUCACCUGUCACAACUCAGACUAUGAAACAAAAUAAAAUAGUUUACAGAUAAAGCAAAAUCGGAAGCAGGAUCUGAAAAACUUGUUGCAAAUAACCUAUACAUGUGUGUAAAAGUUCAAUAAUAAACAAAGAAGAAAAAAACAAUGGAUACCCUUAACGUGAAGCAAAAAAAAAAAGAUAACAGCAACAACACAGCAAAAUAAAUCAUUAUGUAAAGAAAUUAUAUUUACAUAAUAUAUUUAUUGUGUAUGAUAAUAUACUGACAAUUAAUAAAUAGAAAAACUGGAAAACCGAAA